ACCGCGGCGCCUGGCAACAGAAAAAGACGUGAUGACGUCCUGUUGUGCGUAUUAUGGGAUGUGCGGAAUUAAACAACCCGAAGAGGACGAGGGGAAGCCAAAAAUAAUAAAAAACACAGAAAUAAACGAGGUGCAUGGUGAACCAUGGAGCUCUCGGCUGUCGGUGAGAGCGUCUUCGCAGCCGAGUCCAUCAUUAAACGGCGAAUCAGACGGGGUCGUUGGGAAUAUCUCGUGAAAUGGAAGGGUUGGUCUCAGAAGUACAGCACUUGGGAGCCGGAGGAAAACAUUCUGGAUGCACGUCUCUUCUCUGCCUUCGAAGAGAGGGAGCGAGAAAGGGAGAUGUUCGGGCCGAAAAAGAGGGGACCCAAGCCUGAGACAUUUCUUUUAAAGGCCAAAGCCAAAGCCAAAGAAAAGACGUAUGAAUUUAGAAGAGAGGCUCACAGAGGGAUCCAGGUUUCCUAUCCCAUCCCCGAGCCUAUCAUAACACCGAGGGCCAGGGAGGGUUUGCGCACCGUGGUUCCCACAAUCUUCCCGCCCAGCGCGGUCAACAGAGGGGAAAGUGUCCACAUUCGCCCACCAGAGUUGGAGAGAAGACCCAGAACAACUCCAGCAGCUGCUCAGCAGUUCCCCAAAAAGAGAGGACGCAAACCCAAAAUGCACAUGCAUUAUGAUAAAGACGACGGCAGCAGCUCAGCAGAGCCAGACGCCAAACGUAGCAAGUUCACGAAUGAGCCCACGUCUCACCACAGCCGACGCCCGCAUCAUCACGGGGAGACGUCAGAUCACUGCCUCAUGCAGUUGACCAAGAGGUUUCAGGAGGAAACCACGAUAACACCCAAAUCCCACAGCGAGCAGAGACAUUUGGGGGGCGCGGGCUUCUCUUACCCGUGCGCAUUAGCUUCGGAUUUGCGCAAAAGCGAGCAGGGGAGGCACAGGAUUCACUGUUUGAGCAUGAAGCGGCCUGCAGCGAACGAGAACUCUCUGCCCCGGGAACAAGCUUCACCUUCACACACCGAUUCCAUCCACGAAUCCUCCGAGCAUCCAGCCUCAUCCUGGACCCCCUGUUUCGCUCACCUGGACACUGUGACCGUAACCGAUGUCACCUUGAACUUCCUGACAGUCACCGUCAGAGAGAGCAGCACGGACAAAGGCUUCUUCAAAGAUAAAAGAUGAGUAUUUCAUGUAGUUCAGAGGAGGCCAAUACCUGCCAAGGAGGUAACUGUGUAACAAGCUACUAACAAACAGGCCUACUGUAAUACUAUAUUUUUUCUAUGUAACUUUCAAACGUGUACAUACCGAUAUUUAAUACGCUGCUGAUGAAAUUAAAAUCAAACUGAAGUUUAAGGAG